AUGGACGAGCUCACCGGCUUGGAGGAAACCACGAUGGAAGAAUGGAAGAAGGUGUGGGAGGAGGUCAAGAUUUUGCCGACUGGGAUGUGGACGCAGAUCUGGGCCCGAGGCGUAUACCUUCCUCGAACACGGUUCGAUGAUAUAAUUCACGACGCGCUCCUGCCGGCGGUCUGGUUCCCCAUCAAAGAAGAGACCAAGGAGGAGAAGGCGGAGUCGGUUGCUUUGAUGUCGGCCAUGAUACACUGCGUGUCCAUGUGCGCAGCGUUUGGGAAGGUCGCUGUGAGUGCGGCGAGGAAGGCGGGAGACACGGAUGAGAAGACGGAGUUGGCGGCCGAGGCGUUAGCGGCCUCCGCUUGCGCCGUGUGGUGCUUCGUCGAGACCGGUGGGUCGGUGCUCAGUGCUGUGAGCGAAGGGAAGGCGGCGGCGAUGGUGGCUGGUGCGAGCGAGAAGACAGCCGAUGUCUUCAAGGAGGUCAUGCAGGCGGUGUUGGACGUCGAGAUCAAGAGGGAGCCAGCCGCAGGCGAGGUUGCCCACAACGUCGCGCCGGCGUUGCAGAAAGAGCUCGACAUCGCUGUGCCCAGUGACGUGCAGAUGGAGUACGAUUUGGACCACAAGGGGAGGAAGGGGGAGAAGGGCAAGUAG